AUGCCUCCCCCUGUGUCUGCCCCGCUGCUGUCUUCGUUCGCAGCCUGCUGCUCAGUGCCGAUUUACUUUGUCCUCUGCGGCGGGCUCGACCGCCUCUGCCACAAGGGCCAGAGACGCUGCCCGUGGGAAAACACCCUGCCGAGUCCGCAACACCGCCUUUCUCCGCCGGAACUGCAACGCUGGUAUGUCGUGCCCUCGCCCUACAGCCUCGAUCCGCCCCCUUGGCUGCAGGCGCCCGCCGAUAGGUUGGUCCGGCAACCAUCUUCUAGGCCGACCUUUGUCAGGAAGCCAGCCCCUGGCGCGACCUCCGCCACCACCCCUGCCGACGUCCUGAGAAGCCGCACCGGCCCACUCGCCGGCUCCGCGUGUCUUGACAGCGACCUAAUCGAGUCCAUUAUUUACGACGUGGAGGGAGACCAAGACCAAGACGUGGAGCAAGACCAAGACCAAGACGUGGAGCAAGACCAAGACCAAGACGUGGAGCAAGACAAAGACCAAGACGUGGAGCAAGACAAAGACCGUCCAAGUACACUGGAUCCGGUUGGACAAGACUCAGCUGACUAG